CGCGCACCGGGGUAGGGUGUCCCCGCCAGUGAAGCCGCCGCAGACUCAAUGCAACGCGGAGGCGCGACCCAAACAGCGGCGCUGCAAUCCGUUAAAAACGAAAUCAACACCGGCAGAGGAGCAGGCGCCGGCCGGAGGACCCCCACACAGAGAUACUUAGUAUUUAUUUUUUAAAUUAACAUUUUGUAAUGUAUGAAGGGGUGCGAGGUUUCACAAGCUCCUUGCUGAUAUCGCAGUAGCGAGUGACAGCCCCCCCGGUUCACGGAGUCCAGCUGCCUGCGUGUGAAGAAGCGCCGCUUUCUGGAAACUGUACCGCCGGAGCCCCCCAGCCUCCCCGCUCCCGCUGGACAGGUACCGCUGCAGCACCCACUCGUCCCCAGGCCGGCGCGGAAGAUGAGACAGGCGGCCGGGCUCUGCUUGUUGUCCGGGCUGCUGGCUCUCUGCGGUGCCGCUGCCGCGGUGCCCAGCCUGGCAGACCGGGUCAUCUGGGCGGUUAACUGCGGCGGAGAGGCGCACACGGACGCGCACGGGAUCCAGUACAAGAAGGACCCGCUGGAAGGGAAGCUCGGCAAAGCUUCGGACUACGGCAUGCGUUUGCCGAUCCUACGCUCCAGCCCCGAGGAUCAGAUCCUGUACCAGACGGAGCGCUACAACGAGGACUCCUUCAGCUACGAGGUGCCCAUCCGCGAGGAGGGCGAGUACGUGGUGGUGCUCAAGUUUGCCGAGGUCUACUUCGCACAGUCCCAGCAGAAGGUGUUUGAUGUGAAGCUGAACAGUCACUUCGUGGUGAAGGACCUGGAUAUCUUUGAUAAGGUGGGGCACAGCACUGCCCACGACGAGAUCAUCCCCUUCAGCAUCGUCAAGGGCAAGCUGAGCGUCAACGGAGAGGUGUCCACCUUCAACGGCAAGCUCACUGUGGAGUUCGUUAAGGGUUACUACGACAACCCCAAGGUGUGCGGGCUCUACGUCAUGAAGGGAACCGUGGAAGACGUGCCCAAGCUGCAGCCUCACCCGGGCUUGGAGAAGAAGGAGGAAGAGGAGGAGGAGGAGGAGUAUGAGGAAGGAGGGGAGGGGAAGACGACGCCGGCCGCCAAGCACCGUGUCCAGUCCGGCCCCCGUACCCCCAACCCCUACGCAGCCGACAACAGCAGCCUCAUGUUCCCCAUCCUCGUGUCGUUCGGAGUCUUCAUUCCCACGCUGUUCUGUCUCUGCCGCCUGUGAGUGCAGGUCCAGUCCAGAUUAGCGCAAGCCGACACAGCAUGCCAUUGUCUGUCGUUCCUGGAUGUGAGAUCCAAUCACUGCCCAGACUGAGUGUGCCCAGAUCACCUGUUUACACUGUAGCUGUAGAUUACAAAAUAAUGCCGCUUUGAAAUAAUUUCUAACUUUUUUUUUUGUGUUUGCUUUGGCGACAGUAGGAGUAUUUGUCAUUUUUAUUUCUUUUUUAUUUUUAUUUUACUUUUAAUUGGUGCUUUAAUCACAACUUUUCAGAAAGUGCUUUUUCCCAAAGAAAUGCUGCCAUGUUGUCUCUCCUUUCAGCUAACCACAGAUUAUUAACCAGGCUGAUAAUCACGCUGAGGACGCUGGCUACUGUAAAUGUCUCCAUCGUUACUUUGAAAUGUAUAAUUUAAAAAAAAAAAAAUAGCGUUUUUGUUUAUUUUUAUGAACAUCAUUAUUAUUUGAUGUUCUCUCAGGAUCUUGGGUUUGAGGGGUAGUGCUGUUUUUGGUGUUAAUUUUGCACUGUGGGGACCUUGUUAUUUUAUAUUAGCAGGAUUUUACAAAAAAAAGUCAACAAAUUUUUACAUGACUCCAUUGUUCAUAAAAAGAUGCCUUGAGUACAUGCAUGUGUGCUUUAACUGUCUGCAGUCUGAAUUUAUUUUCACACCUAGAACCACCUACACAGAGUGUUAGAACAGUCUAGAACCCUGCUACUCAAACCUAGAACCAGGGCAGGGCUCAAUUCCAACUCCAUUAAAAACAAUUCCCAAUUCCAGUUCCUUUGAUGGAAUUGCAAUUUAUAUUUUAGACGUUUUAAUUCCUGUGAUUUGCUCAGCCAGUGGGAGAAGCUCAUUUUAACAGAAUGCUGCUCUUUGUAAUUUUAAUCGGUGAUGGUUGGAAUUGAUUAAAAGGACAUUGGAAUUGGGAAUUGAUUUUAAAACAAUUGAAAUGGGUGAGGGAAAAAAAACGUAGGUGAUUUAAAUUUUAAAAAAGUGAAAUUACAUGUGUGGAUGUUUUUUUUUUUUUUUUUUUUUUUUUUUUUUUGUUAACAUUUGUGAGAAAACACGUCUCCCAAAUAAAGUAACUUUUCUAAAAGAAUGUAUUCUUCGGUGUGUAUUCAAGUGUUCAUUAUAACUGCUGUUCACGUCACCCUUCCGUAAGCAACACGCCUCUUGCAGCUUGUCAUGCAACUCCUACUGACCAAUCACAUUGAGUCUCGCUGUUCCACAGCCCCUGGGUUUCCAUUCCUGUAGAUCACAGGCAGUAGGGAAUCCUUAAUAACUUGCCUGAAACGGGCGCUGCUUACCCUAUGUAAUCAAACCGGAUACUUUGAAGGAGAUCCUGACAGUAUCUGCUCUGAGCUUGGUGUGUGUUCAUAGUUUUAUAUGGAAACACUGCAGUCCUGUAAACAGCAAUGGAUUUGGUGAACCUCUUGUCUUUGGUGAGUCGAAACCCAAUGAUUUAACCAGAAAGAGCGUUUACUAAAAGCAUUUUCUGACAACGUGGAUUUGUUUAAUUCAACAGUUAAUAAUGUAAGUUUGUUUGCUGUCGAGGUUUGGUGAGGUUUGAGGAUAACAACCCUACCAGCUUUGUGUUCACUUCCAGGGUACCGACUGAGCUGUGGAAGCACUGAAUUGUCUUGUUGUUCUUCCAAGUGUGUGAUGUGGUGUGACUGGGGAGGGAGGGGGCUCCACAGUCUGUCUGGUAGCAUCUUUAUUCAAACCCCACCUUUCCUCUCUGCCUUGCUGUGGUCCUGCACUGUGUGCUGCUGUAGUUCUCUGCUAACUUUUUACUCUCUCUUGCCACAUGGUACUUCCCAAUGAGUGAUGACUGUUUUGUUUUUAAUAAAUGUGUUAUUUUAUCUAAACAAUUCUUAUUCUGUGAAUGUAACUAAAAAACAAACCAAAGCCCACUAUCUUCCACGCUGCAGCUGCGCUCCUUUACUCAAACCCACGGCUUUCCACACUGCAGCCCAGC